UGCCAUCACUAAUUCGCCAAAAGAAAACAUUCCCAAAAACACAAAAAUAAGCAACAACUAAGCCAUGAUUAUAUAUGGCGUCUAUAUAGUUAGCAAAUCGGGUGGCCUUAUAUUCAACCUGGACAACAAUGUGCCGCGCAUCGAGCACGAGAAGACCUUCACAUACCCGCUGGACCUGGUGCUGGACUACGAUUCCAAGAAGGUUUCGGUGUCGUUCAAUCGCAAGGAUGGCAUAAAUGUUGGCCAUGUUCUGGUGGCGGUCAACGGCAUAGCCGUCACGGGCAUCACACUGGACGAUGGACGCGAUGUGAGGACAACGCUGGAGGCGCCGGAGAACUAUCCCAUCAACCUAAAGUUCAGCCGGCCGAAGAUGACCACCAACGAGAAGAUCUUCCUGGCCAGCAUGUUCUACCCCCUGUUUGCCAUCGCCAGCCAGUUGAGUCCGGAGCCCAAGAGCUCUGGAAUUGAACUGCUGGAGGCGGACACGUUCACGCUGCACUGCUUCCAAACGCUGACGGGCAUCAAGUUCAUUGUGAUCUCGGAGACGGGCCUAAAUGGUAUAGACCUGCUGCUGCGCAAGGUCUACGAACUGUACUCCGACUAUGUCCUCAAGAAUCCAUUCUACUCGCUGGAGAUGCCCAUCCGGUGCGAGUUGUUCGACAACAAGCUCCAGGAACUGCUCGCCCAGGUGGAGAAGACGGGCAUUAGCAAUAUUGAUAAAUAAAUAAAGGUUUAAGUAGUCUUUGUACAAUGUUA